AGUACUGUUUAGUGCUAAGAAAACUAAACAAUAGAUUCAAAAUCCUCUGCCGAACAUUGAAUUUUACACCUUUUCACCCUCUAUUUUGCGUGAGAGGUCUGCACAUAGUCAAUAUUCCUUUGGUUUUGUUAUUGUAUACACAUUGAAGUCGAAAAUGCCGGCUACCAAGGGACUUUUGUUCAAGCGCUACAUUCGGAUCGAGCUAAAUUUGUGGCGACGGACGCUGUUCGAGAUCAUCACCAUGCUGAUCAUGGUCCUGGUGAUCCUUCUCAAUCCCAUUGCCCACUCCAGAAGACUCCUGUACACGAGCCACGAGCACGAAAAUGAACAGAGCAUUGUAUCACACAAGCUUCAGGAUAUAAACAUAUUAACUCGAAUGGCGGACUCGAAGCGGGAGAAGACCAAGUACAGCCUGGCCUACACGCCCAAAACACCAUUUACAACGGACGUGGCCAGGAGCGUGGCCAAAACGCUGGAACUAAACUCCACCGUGGGCUACAGGCUCGAGUCCGAGAUGCAGGAUCAGUUCGACGAGCGGACCACCCUGGCGGGCAUCGUAUUCCAUGAGGCCAGUCGUGGGGGCACUCCCCUAAAGCUCUCCAUUUCGAUCCGCUUCCCCAGCGAGUUUCGUACAAUCGCUCCGUUUCUCACCGAGGAUCGCCUGUGGAUAACCCGCUGCUCGGGUCGCAUUAAUCCCGGACGGGAUCAGGCCAAGCAUUACAAACAGCAGGAUCUAUAUAUACGCGAGGGAUUUCUGCAGCUGCAGCAUCAGAUCUUUGUGGAGUGGUACCAUCGAUUGCGCACUGACUUCAUCACCACCUAUCCGGAACCCAAUGUCGAGGUCUACAACAUCCUGCUGAACGCCGCCGACGAACCGUGCUCCGUGAUGAGUAUCGCCCGACUGCCCACGUUCCUAUAUAACUUCAUAUAUCUACUGCCCUUCCUGAAUAUUAUCAGAAACGUGGCUGCCCAGGUGGAGGAUGGUGUUAUGGUGCAUCAGUGGCAUUAUGGUUACUCGUUUGGCCUGCAAUGGGGCUUUAAGUUUAUGGUGCUUUUUCUGAGAAUGCUCAUUUUGGGAGCACUAUUUUUAAUAAUGGUUUUGCUCUUCUGGGCGUUUGGUGGGCGAGACGGGGAGUUCUCCGGCAAGGGAAUGAUAGCCUUUAUCUGCUUCAUCGUGGUCUAUACCGUGGAGAUCGUAAUCACCGGAAUGGUGGUGGCCAAACUAUUUGCCAAUCCCACCAAUGCGGUCCUCUUCGCCCUGCUCCUGUGGCUCUUUAUGUACGCGGCAUUCUGCAUUAUACUGGAACGCUACUGGGACAUCCACAAGUACUAUGUGUUCUUCAUCCUGGUGGCCUUCUGCAACUGCCAGAUGCACUUCAGCAUGAGCCUGUUCAGGAACUGCAUCGAUGAUCCGGAUAGAGUGCAAACCAUUGACUUUGUAGUGCUCUUCACAUCGGCCAUUAGUUCGGCCUUGAUUUAUUUACUCAUUUUGUUGGCCGUACAGUGGCGUAUGCCGGGCACAUUUCUCAGUCGCCGGAUAGUGAACAAUAGACCCCGGAAGCAAAAGGAAUCGGAUGCCACCAUUAUGUAUUUGGGCAGAGCGCCAAGUUUCCAGAACUUCGAGUUCGGCGAUGUGGGCAGCGAGGAGCUAAUGCGAUUGCGUCAUGUCAGCACCACACAUCGCGACUCGGAGCGAAAGAUCCUAAAGAACAUAUCCAUGCGGAUUUAUCGUGGAGAGAUUUACGUGAUCCUUGGCCACAUUGGUUCCGGUAAACUCACACUUCUUCGAAUUUUGGCCGGCCUCAAGUUCCCCCUUCGCGGCAGUGUCUCCAUUCUGGGGAAACCCUUCCAGCCCUAUGGUGAAACCCGGCGCAUGGUUGACUUCCGUUUCGAUGAGCACGGACUCAACAAGCACUUGACCGUGGAGCAGACCAUCGACUACCAUGUCCGCCUUAAACUGGCGCCCAACGAAUCCGAUCGCUACGAAAUCGAGCGGCGCAAAUGGUUGGCCAUACUGGAUCAGCAUGUCGAGAGUCGGCGAACCAGGAUUGGGAAGCUGGGUUCGGGCGCCAUGAAGCUGGUGGCCUUGUGCUGCUGCUUGGCCGGUGAUACGCGCAUCAUUAUUCUGGAGGAGCCGACCAUUCCGCUGACGGGACGGGAGGCACAGGUCUUUUGGUCGAUUGUCAACGCGGAGAAGGACAAUCGGGCCUUCAUCAUAGCCACCUACAGUGUGGGCGAGGCGGAGCACGCCGCCGAUCGCAUCGGGAUCCUCAGCAUGGGCGUCCUGGAGGCCAGUGGCACCCCCUUCUUUUUGCGAGCCAAGUUCAGCAGCAGUGUGGAUCUGGUCCUUAUCAAGAAGCCACACGUGCCCGAUCAGCCCAUCACUGACUAUAUCAACCAGUUUGUGACCAACAUCGAACCGGAGAAUGAAAUCGGUGAUACUUUAACCUACCGAAUACCUGUAAUUUUCCGUCCAAGGCUGCAAAAGCUAUUGAUUCACCUGGAAAUCGAUCGCAAGAUGCUGGGCAUCGAGAAUGUGAGAGUGGUGGGUGCGGAACUCUCCGACAUAUAUAUGAAGCUGGUCACCUCCUUUCGACUGCAGCAGCAAAUGAUUCCGGAUGUCACCCAAACAUUCAAGUACCAGGUGGUUUCGCACACUCAGCUGACCAGACAACGGAUGCGGGCCAUGUUCUACAAGAAGAUGAUCCACACGGCGCCCAAUGUGUGGCCCAUUAUCAUGAUUUUCACCAGCUUUGUCCUGAUCGCCAUCAUUGCUCGUCUGUCGGUGCUGUUGGAUAUGCCGAAAGUGCGCCAGAACACUAUACACAUUGGUUUCAUGGAGGCAGCGGAUGUGUCCAAGACCAUACCGAAUUUGAAGAAAUGUGGCUACAUCGACAUCAAGCCAACCGUGAAGGGUGCCAAGAAAUUGCCCAUCGAAACCUCUAGGACCUUCAAUGCCAAGUCGUUUGCCUGCGAGAAGGGUAGCUAUCGGAAUGAUCUGAAGAAGAAGAACGAGAUGAGGAGUUACGGGGCCGUGGAGGCGGACGGGGAGCAGGAGCUCAACGGCUAUAUAAGUCAGGAUUUCUUCCAUUCGGCUCCCAUGAUGCUCAAUCUGCUGCACAAUAUUAUACUAAGACUUUCCUAUCCGGAGCAACAAAACAUCGUUGCCCUGGUUGAGAACCAUCCGCUUCCCACGCAGCUGUCGCGAAAGAUUAAUCUGCUGGACAACAAGAUCGCCCACAUCCAUGCCCCACUGACCAUCGGCUGCAUCCUGCCCCUGACCGUAUCCGUUUUCGUCAUCCCCCUGGUGGAGGAGCAGAUCUACAAUGUCCGGUUCCUGCAGCAUAUGGCCGGACUCGGCCUGAAGGUCUUCUGGGGCGUCAAUUUGUUCUGGGACUGGUUCACCUUCUUCAUCUACUCGGUCAUCAUUGUGGUGAUCAUGAGUCUGAUGGGAAUCGGUGGCUUUGGUUUCACCGAGAAUGCAAUACUACUGCUCCUGCUGUGCAUCUUUGGACUGGCCGCCCUGCCGCUUACCUAUUUGGUGUCCAUGUUUGUGAACAAGUCGCUGGUGCGGGCCUUUCUGGUCUCCGUGCUCCUGCAGGGUGUGUCCGGGCUGGUGCUCUACAUGAUCUACUGGGAUGUGGCCAACAGCAAUACGAUCUUCUUCUACGGCGCCUGCAUGUCGCCGGGAUUCUCGCUCCUCGACGGAGUCAGCAAUGUCUAUACCCAGCGUCUGGAGCAGGAGAUCUGCAAUGCCAAGUGCCAGGCGCACAUCAGCUGCACCAAGGAGAACAUGCACGAGGUGGUGCCCAACUGCAGAUUUGGCACACACUUUAAGUGGGCUGCUCCAGGGAUUUUACCCGCCAUUGUCUUCAUGCUAGUCUCGGCUCUAAUUUUCUUGAUGCUGAUUUUUUGGAUAGAGCUGCACCGCAGGGAGAAGAAGUUCCACACACCCAGAGAUCUGCGUAAAAUGAGGACCGCUACUUAUCCCUUCGACGAUGGCGAUGUGGCUGACGUGAAGCUAAAGAUCGCUGAGGCGGAUAAUACCAAGGCCAAGCAAUCCGUAUUCCUGGUGGAUCAGGUGGAGGCCAAGGUUCCAACUUCCGGCAAAAGGAUUAACACUGUCUCCUUUGCCCUGAACAAAUACAUGAGCAUGGGCAUCUUUGGGCCCCGUAACUCCGGCAAGAGUCACUUGAUGCGGCAGUUAGUGGGCGAGGAGGGAUUCGCCUUUGGCGAGAUCUACGUGCGGGGCCUGGACUUCAAGUACGACCUGGAGAGCAUCCACACAUACAUGGGCUACUGUCCGCAGCACCGGGGACUCCUCAACGAGCUGACGCCGCGGGAGCACAUCCGGUUGUUGUGCAUGAUCCGCGGUGUUCCCGAGGCGAAGAUCGGCGAGAAGAUGCACGAUCUGUGCCUGAUGCUCAACAUGACCGGUUGGAUGCAUCGCAAGUGCAGUCUGCUGACGGCGGAGAAGCGGACCAAGUUAAAAAUCGCCCUGGCCCUGGUGGCCUACAAUAAGAUCCUUGUUCUGGACGAGCCCACGUGCGGCAUGCCGGCAACUACAAGGCGGGAAAUCUGGAAUAUCCUGCGAUACAUCCGAUAUUGCGGCAAGACCAUCAUUUUCGCCACCAACGAUGAGCUGGAGUGCAAGAUCCUGGCCGACUUCAUUAUCCUGUUCCAGGACAGCGAGAUGCUGGCGAUUGGCAGCCUGCAGUAUUUGCGAUACAAGUACAGCCAUGGAUUCUACCUGGAGGUUCGGCUCAUCCGCGAUGGAGCCACCCUUGCCGAAUCGGAGGAGAAUUUGCGCAAGGAUGUGGAUAACCUGGCCAAGUUUGUCAACUUCUUGCACAACAGAUCCGAGCUGGUGGCUCGGCUGCACAAUUGGUUCAAGUUCUACGUGCCCGUAGGCCAAAUAGUCUACUCGUUUCUUUAUGGCGCCAUGGAGAAGAACAAGGUGCGUCUGAACGUGAGUGACUACUGCAUUUACCAGGCGGACAUGAUCAAUGUGGUGGCCCAGGUGCAGGAGACGCGGGCCCAGCUGAAACACCAUCUCGUCCAGACGGAGGGUCCACUGCCCCUGGACACCACGAUCACCAAAAAGGGCGCCAAGGCCAAGGGCAAGAAGUAAAGUGAGAAACCCACUAUAUCGCCAAGUGUAUUUUAUACAUUAUAACCAUUAUACGUUUCUAAACGGUGAUGCAAAGGAUUCAUUUUUUUUAUUUCCCGGAAUGGAAAUACAUAUGUAACCCCCCGUCUUUGAUGUUUCAAAAAACCCUAAAAAUUUAUUAAAUGCAAAUUCGAAUCUA